AUGGCAUGGCUACCGUUCGGUAGCUGGUCAAGCAACAUGGAGUUGGAUGGCUACUCAAGGCUUUUGGGUGGCUUGAUCAAUCCCCUGGAUGGGUGUGUCGUUCGGUGCCGUUCGGCAGGCUUUGGUUUGCCAGACAGGAGUUUUCCGAAAGCUUUUGCAGAAGUCAAGUCCCCCUGUGUAGGCAAGGCGGACUGGCGCCGGGAAUUUAGGCAGCCCUUUUGGUUCGGCCACCUCGUAAAUAACUUUGUGAAUGCCGUGACAGGUCUAGGAGGAGAGCCCGCGUGA